AUGUCAAAACCACAACGGCCAAGAGGCAUACCAACCCCCAACCCGCGGUUCCGAGUCCAUAUCCGCGAAGAGCCAAAGCCCCAAAUCCCAGAACCCUCAACAUACGAGGGCCCAUCCCUCUCCAAACAAAAACGAACCCCCGCAUUCAUCUCACAUUUCGUCACAAACCUCCGCCAACGCAUCACCGCCCUCCCAUACCCAGUCCGACGAGCAUGCCGCACUCUCCGCUGGGCAGCACCUAUCCUCCCAAUCGCCCUCUUCUUCCCAGAACACGUAAUGCAAGUGAUGUGGGUUCGCGGCCCGUCAAUGACACCAUACCUGAACGAGGAGUAUGCGCAAACACAAACGAAGAGCGACAUGGUGAUGGUCAACAUGUGGCCGUGGGGAUCUAUACUGCCGUUUAAAAAGGAGCGCAAGCUUGAACGAGGGAUGAUUGUUACUUUCCGCUCACCUGCAAACCCGUCUCAUAUCGCUAUUAAGCGCAUUAUCGGCUUACCCGGUGACCGCAUCACGACUCGCGAGCCAUGUCUACGACAAACCCAGAUCGUCCCGUGGAAUCAUGUUUGGUUGGAGGGUGAUGCGGAGGAUCCGCGGAAGACGUUGGAUAGCAAUACGUAUGGGCCUGUCAGUCUUAGUUUGAUUACUGGGCGGGUAUUUGCGGUGCUGGGACCGCGGAUGCGGUGGCUGAACUGGACGGACUGGGAGUCUGGGGCGACGGAUGAUGCGGCUGCGAGUUUGUACAAUCAGAGUGUGCGGGAUCGUGUGUUGAAGGAUGCUGUUAAGCUCGAUCAGCCGAUGUUGAAUUGA